CGCUGAACACACUUCUGAAGUUUCAGACCUCAACGGACACUCAGUCAUCUCUGCAGUAAAGCACAAAUCAGCCAAGAUGUGCACAGGUUUCCUCAAAGUUAUGAUGUUCAUCUUCAAUGGUGCCAUCUUUCUGUGUGGCAUAGCCGGUCUGGCAGUUGGUAUAUGGGUGGUGGUGGACAGCGAUUCGCUUCUUGGUUUAUUUGAUUUUGUGGAAAACGCCCCAACUGAGAUAUUCCAAGUGGUCGUCAUAGGCUACGUGUUGAUCGGCGUGGGAGCUCUACUUUUGAUUGUAGGCUUUUUGGGAUGCUGUGGAGCUGUCAAGGAGAGCAGAUGCAUGCUGCUGACGUUCUUCAGCAUCGUGUUGAUCAUCUUCCUUGUCGAGGUCGCCGGAGCCAUUUUGCUGUUUGCCUUCACUGAUGUUGUGGAUGAAAUGUUUGAGGAAUUGGAGGGGGAUGUGAAAGACGCCAUUCAAAGAAAGUACGGGGAGGACAAUGACAUGACCACGCUGUGGAAUACAACCAUGGAGGAGUUCAAGUGCUGCGGAUACAAGAACUACACUGACUUUGAUGGCUCGCCUUUUAACGUGUUGACAAGGGGAUACCCCAGCCCAUGCUGCAGUACACCAGGCAUACCUUGUAAUGAGUCUGGAGCGCACAUGGCGAAUGUUGAUGGUUGCUUUACUAAACUGGUGAAGUUUUUGGAGGAUAACUCUUUCAUCAUUGCCGGCGUAGCUCUCGGAAUAGCUGCUAUUGAGAUUGCAGCCAUGGUGGUUUCUAUGGUUCUCUACUGCAAUGCUGGCAGAAAGUCACGAUGAUUCACGUUUCGAACGAUGUUAAGAUCCUUGUCAUUGGUUAUAAUAUAAAACAGCUUCUCU